UUGGAAGAAGAACUCAGAAGAUCCUGAAACAUGAAACUGUUCGACGCGCACUGUCACCUUCAAGACGCGAGGAUUAUCAGCAAAGCUCCUCAGCUAAUCUCCUCCGCCGUAGCUUCCGGAGUCUCUGCCUUCGCCGUCAAUGGAGUCUCCGAGAAAGAUUGGAAUUUGGUUAAAGAGAUGGGAGCGCAAUACCCUUCUGUUGUUCCCUGCUUUGGGAUCCAUCCAUGGUAUGUAGCAGAGAGGAGUCCUCAUUGGUUUGAGACAUUGAAGAGUUUGUUUGAGACCACUCCUACUGCUGCUGUUGGAGAAAUUGGCUUGGACAAAGGUUCUAAAGGAAGGGAGAUUGAUUUCUCAGACCAGGUUAGUGUGUUUCGUCAACAACUUGAACUUGCAAAGGAACUGAAUAAACCUGCGUCAGUUCACUGUGUCCGUGCAUUCGGAGAUCUGCUCGAGAUAACAAAAUCUGUGGGGCCUUUUCCUGCUGGGGUCAUCCUUCACUCGUAUUUAGGUUCUGCUGAGAUGGUUCCUGAAUUUGCUAAGCUCGGCGCAUAUUUCUCCUUCUCUGGCUUUCUUAUGUCAAUGAGUGAGAAAAAAGCCAAAAAGAUGUUGAAAGCGGUCCCUUCUGAUAGGAUCUUAUUGGAAACUGAUUCACCCGAUGCAUUACCAAAGGCAGAGACAGACUGUCUCUACUUUGUAGAAGGAGAUCCUUCUCUAACCGAAGAAGGAAAGCCAGCUCAGGAUCCAAAUGAUAAGUCUAAUGCGUCUAGUGACUCGAUGAAGUUGCCAAAGGAAACACUUAAUCACCCGGCUAAUAUUCUUACCGUACUUGGGUAUGUAGCGCGGUUAUUGGACAUGAAGAAGGAAGAACUCGCGGAGCUAAGCUAUGAGAACGCUGUUCGGUUAUUCUCUUAUGCAGGUUCAAAGUUGCUUCUUGAGACAGGUGGUGGUGGUGAUGUUUCUGGUCUUACUCAAAACCAUUCAACAACACAUGCAUCAUGAGUUCUCAAGACACUAUGGUUGUGUUGUCAUCACUAUGUUACGAGACUUUGAAGUUGGACUUGUUAAGUUGUACCAGUGUUAUAGACUCAAUACUUUCUUUGUAUGAAAGGUUAUUAAAACUUCUGAUUUUGUGUGAUAUGGGAGAAGACAAGGCCUCUUAUAAGUUUGUGAGAAGAAAGACUAUAAAUAGAUGCAUAUGUUGACU